UGGAAGCACACCUGCCCAAGAAAGAAUUAAAAACGGAAAUAACACUGCCCUCUUCACAGUUUGAAGCUGAUCUUAAGCUGCCAGAAGUGGAGGUAGAUGCACCUAGCUUGGAUGUGGAGAUUGGAGAUAAGGACAGAAUGAAAAUUCCUAAAGCCAAGAUGCCUAGCGUCAAGGUCCCCAAGGUCAAAGGGCCAGAAAUAGGGAUCUCCCUGCCAAAGGUUGAGGCUGAUGUUGCCCUUCCCAAAGUAAAAGCUGAAGUGUCUGAUGGCGCAGAGGCUGUAAAAUUGCCAGAGGCUGAAGGCACCAUCGACAGGGGAGGACUGAAGAUACACAUGCCAAAGUUCAAGAUGCCCAGCAUGGGAUUCUCCAAACCAGACAUCAAGGGCCCCAAAGUCGGUAUGGAUGUCAGUAUGCCUAAAGUGGACGUUUCUCUUCCCGAACCUGAGCUCCAGAUUCAGAAACCUGAGGUGAAGGGAGGAGACAUUAUCAUAUCAUCUCCUGAAGUAAAGAUUCCUAUGGGCUUGGCCAGCCUGGAACUGAAAGCUCCCGACGUAGCCAUAGAGCCUCCAUCUGGAAAGGUUUCUGUACAAGGCUCCGAUGUCAAGUUGGAAAGUGGGGAUAGGAAAUUCCAAAUGCCCAAGUUUCAUAUGCCCAAAUUUGGAAUUUCGCUGCCCAAAGGAAAAGGUGUCCAAGAGACAGAAAUCGUUGUCGCUUCUGUGGAAACAGACUUACCGAAGGCAGAAUUGAAAACGGAAAUAACAUUGCCCUCUGCGCAGCUGGAAGCUGAUCUUAAGCUGCCAGAAGUGGAGGUAGAUACACCCAGCUUGGAUGUGGAGAUUGGAGAUAAGGGCAAAAUGAAAAUUCCUAAAGCCAAGAUGCCUAGCGUCAAGGUCCCCAAGGUCAAAGGGCCAGAAGUAGGGAUCUCCCUGCCGAAGGUUGAAACUGAUGUUGCCCUUCCCAAAGUAAAAGCUGAGGUGUCUGAUGGUGCAGAGGCUGUAAAAUUGCCAGAGGCUGAAGGCACCAUUGACGGGGGAGGAUUGAAGAUACACAUGCCAAAGUUCAAGAUGCCCGGCAUUGGAUUCUCCAAACCAGACAUCAAGGGCCCCAAAGUCGAUGUGGAUGUCAGUAUGCCUAAAGUGGACGUUUCUCUUCCCGAAGCUGAGAUCCGGGUUGAGAAACCUGAGGUGAAGGGAGGAGACAUUACCAUAUCAUCUCCUGAAGUAAAGAUUCCAACAGACUCGGCCAGCCUGGAACUGAAAGCUCCCGACGUAGCCGUAGAGCCUCCAUCUGGAAAGGUUUCUGUACACGGCCCCGAUGUCAAGCUGGAAAGCGGGGAUAGGAAGUUCCAAAUGCCUAAGUUCCAUAUGCCCAAAUUUGGAAUUUCGCUGCCCAAAGGGACUGGUGUCCCAGAGGCAGAAAUCGUUGUCGCUUCUGUGGAAACAGACUUGCCGACGACAGAAUUGAAAACGGAAAUGGCACUGCCCUCUGUGGAGCUUGAAGCUGAUCUUAAGAUGCCAGAAGUGGAGGUAGAUGAACCUAGAUUUGAUGUGGAGAUUGGUGAUAAGGGCAAAAUCAAAAUGCCUGAAGCGAAGAUGCCUAGCGUCAAGGUCCCGCAUCUCAAGGGGCCAGAUAUAGGGGUCUCCCUGAGAAAAAAUAUUGAGGCCGAUGUCACACUUCCCAAAGGAAAAGCUGAAGUGUCUGAUGGCGCAGUGGCUGUAAAAUUGUCAGAGCCUGAAGGCACCAUCGAUGGGAGAGGACUGAAGAUACAGAUGCCAAAGUUCAAGAUGCCCAGCAUAGGAUUCUCCAAACAAGACAUCAAGGGCUCCAAAAUUGAUGUGGAUGUCAGUAUGCCUAAAGUGGACGUUUAUCUUCCCGAAGCUGAGAUCUGGGUUGAGAAACCUGAAGUGAAGGGAGGAGACAUUACCAUAUCAUCUCCUGAAGUAAAGAUUCCAACAGACUCGGCCAGCCUGGAACUGAAAGCUCCCGACGUAGCCAUAGAGCCACCAUCUGGAAAGGUUUCUGUGCAGGGCCCCGAUGUUAAAAUGGAAAGCAGGGAUAGGAAGUUCCAAAUGCCCAAAUUCCAUAUGCCCAAAUUUGGAAUUUCAAUGCCCAAAGGGAAAGGUGUCCCAGAGGGAGAAAUCAGCAUACCUUCUGUGGAAGCAGAGUUGCCCAAGAGAGAAUUGAAAACAGAAAUAACACUGCCCUCUGUGGAGUUUGAAGCUGAUCUUAAGCUUCCAAAAGUGGAGGUAGAUGCACCUAGCUUAGAAGUGGAUAUUGUUGAGGGCAAAAUGAAAUUGCCUGAUGUUAAGAUGCCUAGUGUCAAGGUCCCUAAGCUCAAAGGGCCAGAGGUUGGAAUCUCCCUGCCAAAGGUUGAGGCUGCUGUCACCCUUCCCAAAGUAAAAACUGAAGUGUCUGAUGGUGCAGAGGCCGUAAAAUUGCCAGAGGCUGAAGGCACCAUCGACAGGGGAGGACUGAAGAUACACAUGCCAAAGUUCAAGAUGCCCAGCAUGGGAUUCUCCAAACCAGACAUCAAGGGUCCCAAAGUCGAUGUGGAUAUCAGUAUGCCUAAAGUGGACGUUUCUCUUCCCGAAGCUGAGAUCCGUGUUGAGAAACCUGAAGUGAAGGGAGGAGACAUUACCAUAUCAUCUCCUGAAGUAAAGAUUCCAACAGACUCGGCCAGCCUGGAACUGAAAGCUCCCGACGUAGCCAUAGAGCCUCCAUCUGGAAAGGUUUCUGUGCAGGCCCCCGAUGUCAAGCUGGAAAGCGGAGAUAGGAAGUUCCAAAUGCCCAAGUUCCAUAUGCCCAAAUUUGGAAUUUCGCUGCCCAAAGGGAAAGGUAUCCCAGAGGGAGAAGUCAUCAUACCUUCCAUGGAAGGAGACCUUCGCAAAACAGAUCUGAAAAUGGAAAUCACUCUGCACUCUUCAGAGCUUGAAGCUGACACUACUCUUCCAGAAGUUGACAUGGAGUCCCCAAGCCUGCACGUGGAGGUUGAAGAGAAGGGGAAGAUCAAAAUGCCUGGAGUGAAGCUGCCUAGUGUCAAGCCCCCCAAGCUCACUCCACCAGAAGUAGACAUCUCCCUUCCAAAAGUUGAGGUAGACGUCUCCCUUCCCAAAGCUAAUGUCGAACUACCUGAUUCUGAGGCCGCCAGCAAAGUGGUAGAAGCAGAAGGCGGUCGUGAGAAAGGCAGGAUGAAAAUACAUAUGCCAAAGUUCAAGAUGCCCAGCAUGGGGUUCUCCAAAUCUGAUAUCAAGGGNGGGGGGACGCAAGGUUAA